AUGAAGACCUUUGCCACAAGAUUGAUCAGCGCGUUCCUCGUUGCCGCUGAAGGAAUCCACGCGAUCCCCAGUACCGGCACCACCUCACUGAGAGCGGAAGCGAGAAAGCAGGACAUUCUUAUUGGGUCCGGGGCGAUCAACCCGACUUAUCUCAAUGACUCGAAUUUCGCGGCCGUCCUCGCCACUCAGUUCAACAGCCUCUCUCCCGAAAACGAGAUGAAGUGGUCUUUCAUCAACCCAACCAAAGGGCAAUAUAAUUGGGACACGCUCGACCGACUCGUCACCUUCGCAAAAGACAACAACAUGGUUGUCAAGGGUCAUGGGCUCAUCUCGAGUUGCUGCAAUCCCGACUAUCUGCUCAACGUCACCGACCGCACAGCCCUACGGGCUGCCAUGAAAACCCACUUUGAGGCGCUCAUGCACAGAUAUGAAGGCAAGAUGGACCGGUGGGACGUCGUCACCGAAGCCUUCAAAACCCAGGGAGGUGGCCUGAACAACGAGACCUUCUUCUACCAAGUCCUCGGUCCCAACUACAUCGCAGAUGCCUUUCAUAUCGCCCGGGAAGCAUCCCCAGAUAGCAAGCUGUUCAUCAACGAGAACCUCGUUGAGUCACUCCCCGGCAAACGCCAGGAACUCUACAGCCUGGUGUCCAAACUCGUGGCUAAGGGUGUUCCAAUUGAUGGAGUCGCCCUGCAAAUGCACAUCACUGAAGUGGCACCGAAGCCGGGCGUGGUCACAGAAAUGGUCAAAUCCUACAAUGAGCUUGGACUAGAGGUUUCGAUCGCUGAGUUGGAUGUUCACACCCUCGACAAUGAACUGGAGACCGAUAUCUAUGGCGCCGUCAUCAGCGAGGCUCUGGACGCAGGAAUCACCGAUAUUAGCUUCUGGGGAUUUACGGACAAGCACGCCUAUACAUGGAUAAAGGGAGCAAAGCCUUUGAUGUUCGACCAGUGCUACAAGCCCAAGAGCGAAUUUUACGCCACCCACGCUGCUCUCGCCAAAUUCGUCAACCAGAGCUGA